UGUACCCGCGCCGCACCCCCUGCUGCUGCCGCAGCCCCAGGCCCUGCGAUGGGGAAUGUGCCCUCCGCGGUGAAACACUGCCUCAGCUACCAACAGCUGCUCCGAGAGCAUCUCUGGAUCGGGGAUUCCGUGGCAGGGUCGCUGGACCCCGCGCAGGACUCAUCCCAAUUUUCUGGACUCCCUGAGUAUGUUAAAAUCGUGGAAGUUGGACCAAGGGAUGGAUUACAGAAUGAAAAGGUUAUAGUUCCAACAGAUGUAAAAAUUGAAUUCAUCAAUCAACUUUCCCAAACUGGCUUGUCGGUGAUAGAAGUGACCAGCUUUGUGUCUUCCAAAUGGGUGCCCCAGAUGGCUGAUCAUACUGAAGUGAUGAAAGGCAUUCACCAAUAUCCAGGAGUUCGGUAUCCGGUCCUGACUCCUAAUCUUCAGGGUUUGCACCGUGCUGUUGCUGCAGGAGCCACGGAGAUAGCUGUGUUUGGUGCUGCAUCUGAAUCCUUCAGUAAAAUGAAUAUUAACUGUUCCAUCGAAGAAAGCAUGGAGAAGUUUGAGGAGGUCGUCAAGUCUGCAAAGUAUAUGGGUAUCCCAGCACGAGGGUAUGUGUCAUGUGCCCUGGGCUGUCCCUACGAAGGAAGCAUUGCACCACAAAAAGUGACGGAAGUGGCUAAGAGACUCUACGGUAUGGGCUGCUAUGAGAUCUCCCUGGGAGACACAGUCGGAGUGGGAACCCCGGGAAACAUGAGAAGAAUGUUGGACAGUGUCCUGAAAGAAAUCCCACCGGUUGCCCUUGCUGUUCACUGUCAUGACACGUAUGGACAAGCCUUAGCAAAUAUCCUCACAGCACUUCAGAUGGGGAUUAACGUAGUGGACUCUGCAGUAUCCGGAUUAGGGGGUUGCCCGUAUGCAAAAGGUGCGUCUGGGAAUGUUGCCACUGAAGAUCUGGUGUAUAUGCUUAAUGGCCUGGGGCUCAACACAGGAGUGAAUCUUUACAAAGUGAUGGAAGCGGGUGACUUUAUUUGCAAAGCUGUGAAUAAAACCACAAACUCAAAAGUCGCACAAGCCUCCUUCCGGGCUUCAUUUGAAUGAAUGUGUGACUUAGGUUGAGAAGGUUCGUUUCAACGACAUAUGUUCAUCUGAAAGUCAUUACUGUCAACCUGCUUUGAAAUGUGAAGUAAUGGACGAGAGUGAAAAAAAGAAAUGCUUUUUCUAAAAGAGUGUAACUUGAUGGAUUAUGAAGGCAGAGUCGGCAGGUAAAUUGCAAGCCGGGAUGCGUAAUAAAACGUGUAGACAUGCUUUUGCAUUUGAAAGAAAAAAGUCUCUUCUUUUGCUCUUAUAGAAAUAACUUUUUAAUUUAGUAGAAGGGAAAAAUUGACUUCAGAUUUCCCAACGUAUCACAUACCGUGUUAAUACUGAAUCAAGCUGGUUUAGUACCGUGUGCAUAUUGGGAGUCGUUUAUGAGCCCGCACAGUGCGCAGUGUGUGGCCUCGGCAGUGUGUGUUACGCCCCUGGCUCUGAACUUCCAUUUGCAAAGUCAGUUAAGCUAGAGACCGAGAGCCAAAUAAAUGUCCGUCUGACCCUCCGUCGUUUGUAGUGGUAGAGCUUUCGUCUCCAGUAUGACUAACAUAUGUUAACGAUUUCAGUGACUUUAUCUCGUUCCGAGGGGCUGCGGUCAAUGGCGGUCUGCCAUAGCCUGGGAACACAUGGCGACCUCCCAUGUUUGUUACACGCACUCUGUUCACCAUGCUUUCACUCCCAUCACGUCGGUUGCCAUAACAACUGGUGAGGUGUUACUCUUGUAGCGAGAGCUAUUAGAUCUGGUUUGCAUCCUGAUCUCUAAACUGUCAUACUGCAAACAGAUUGAUAUACGUCCCACAAUACUCCUUUAUAAUUCUCAGAUCACUUCUAAAUUGCCUAAGGAAAUAUCACUGUCAUCCUAGGAAUAGUAAGAUGGUUUAUAAAUUCAUGAAAUAAGUUAUUUUUCAUUGGUUGAAGGGACUUUAACUAGAUCACUUCAUUGUUGACCUUUUCCCAUCUGUUUCGUAAGUUGGAGUAGCUGGAAUGAUAUGGAUUGUACUGGGAAAAAUUACCAGAAGUAGCAAAAAUUAAUAUAUCAGAGAUUGAUACAAGGAGCAAGGGGACUAUUUAAAAAUAAACAUUUCUAUAACCUAUGCAAAUCAUGUGGGAACAGUGUUAGUACAUGUGGGUCUAUAAUGCCAGUUCUAUUAUGUCUGUAGAAUUCUCCAACAAUACUCGGUGAUUUUUAUCUUUGAAUAAAUUUGCAUAGAACUUGAA